AAAACUCUAGACAGAAACAAAACAAAACAAAACAAAACAAAACCACUGAGAAAGAUGACUAAAUCUCCUCUCAUUUCCUUUGCCGCCGUCACCCUCAUCCUCCUCCUCUCCAUCUCCCACUUCCCCGGAGCUCUCUCUCAAUCCGUAAAAGACUGUAAACCGAAAUCCGACAACACAUGUAUCGACAAAAACAAAGCAUUAGAUCUCAAACUCAUAGCAAUCUUCACGAUCCUCAUAACCAGCUUAAUCGGCGUUUGCCUCCCCUUCUUCGCCCGUUCCGUUUCCGCUUUCCAACCGGAGAAGUCUCUCUUCCUCAUCGUCAAAUCCUUCGCCUCAGGAAUCAUCCUCUCUACUGGUUUCAUGCACGUUUUGCCUGAUUCUUUCGAUAUGCUCUCUUCUCCUUGUCUUAACGAUAACCCCUGGCACAAGUUUCCUUUCACUGGUUUUGUCGCCAUGAUCUCCGCCGUGUUCACACUCAUGGUUGACUCUAUCACCACCAGCGUUUUCACCAAGUCGGGCAGGAGGGACAUGCGCGCUACGGAUACUGCUGAUGUGGCGUCCGCUGAGACUCCUGACCAAGAGACGGGGAGCGUGCAGGUUCACGUGUCUCAUCAUGGUCAUGGUCAUGGUCAUGGUCUUCAUCAUAAUCUUCAUGGAGAUAAUGAUAAGGAACUUGGUUCUCAUUUACAGCUUCUCCGAUAUCGUGUUAUUGCCAUUGUAUUGGAGCUAGGAAUAGUGGUGCACUCGAUAGUGAUAGGACUAUCAGUAGGAGCCACUAACAAUACGUGCACCAUCAAAGGCCUCAUCGCUGCUCUUUGUUUCCACCAAAUGUUCGAAGGCAUGGGUCUCGGUGGCUGCAUCCUUCAGGCAGAGUACGGGUGGGGAAAAAAAGCUGUGAUGGCUUUCUUUUUCGCGGUGACAACGCCUUUUGGAGUGGCUCUAGGGAUGGCUUUAUCUAAAACGUACAAAGAGAAUAGCCCUGACUCUCUCAUUACGGUUGGACUUCUCAACGCUUCCUCGGCCGGACUACUCAUCUACAUGGCUCUAGUGGACCUUCUCGCCGCUGAUUUUAUGGGCCAGAAGAUGCAACGGAGCAUCAAGCUUCAGUUAAAGUCAUACGCUGCCGUUUUGCUUGGUGCCGGUGGCAUGUCCGUCAUGGCUAAGUGGGCUUGAAUCUUGAUCUACAUCACUAUGAGACACAUAUAGCAUAUAUAUACAUAGUUGAUGUAAAUAAAACCGUAUUAUCCAAGUUAUGUGAUCAGUUUCUCAAAAACUAAGUUAACGAGAUCAAAUAUUGGGUAAUAAAAUCACAUUUAUGAUUUGCUCUGUUU